UUGAUUUUAUUGUGAAAAAAACUACAAGAGGAAUGCCGAACAGGAAUGGCUGCAGGACGCAGGUGAAUGUAGCCCGUGUAGAUAACAGAGCAUAACAAAGCAACGGGUCUUAUUCUUUAAAGGAAUCCCAAUCUCAAAGAUUCAACAAUAACAAUUACAUCUUCUUUGAAAUUUGAGUCUGCUAGAUUUUGCUUCACAAGUUAAGUGGUUCUCAAAAUUAAGUAAGACCCUUUUUCCCUUUUGUCUUCUUGUUAUAGUUGAAGCGGCAAAGCCUUUUUAUCAGCUUCAUUUUGGGUGCAAACGGAUUCCUUCUGUUGAUAUGGUUUUGCAGUGCUGAGGUUGUUUGCAAAUGGGUAAAGCUUGGAUUUUUACAGCAUUUUCGGAACCGGCUGUUUCUUUUGGGGUUGUUGUUGUUUGUGACAUCUAAGCUGUUUGUCUUAGGAAAUGGAUUUUGUUCAUUUAUGAGUUUGUCCGUCUAUAGUUUGCUUUCUAUUUGAAUAAUGUUUAGGCUUUUGACAGCUUUUCGGUUUGCUGUUGUUUGUGACGUAGUGUUUGAUUGUCUGAAGAUUAUAGAUUGAGGGAGCUGAUAUUUGUUUGUCCCUUCAGUUUUGUAUUUGUUGGUUUAUCAUUUCAUUGUUUCUUUAAAUUUCCGGAGGAGUUUCCAUCUUAUUCUGCACAUUGUUUUCCGUUUUAUGAGAAUUUAGUUAUUGUCAGGGAAGCAAAAGAGAAAAUAUAUUUUCCUUGAAUUGGACCUUGCAUUGUGAUUGAAGAAGACUUCGUUCUCUAUUUGAUUAUUGUGUUGAAGUGCUAAAGGGUGUUUGACUUGUGAGGCCAAGGAUGUUUUCUUUUCAAACUUGGAUUCAUGGAAAUUGUUGCUUUGAGGUUUUGGAUGUUGAGAAUUGAAAUAAAGGUAAACUUUUGUGCUGUCAAACUCGGGUAGUGUUUCUGAAAAUUUUGUGGAUGAGUAGAAAUGGAUUCAUGGCUUGUUGCAGCAGUAGCAGCUACUGGAUAUUUUGCCAAAUAUUGGCAAAAUCUUUCACGGGAUAAGAAUGGCUAUCCAAAGUUAUUUUCUGUGGAUUCAAGAAUUGGAAAGGCGGAUUCUGGGAAGGGUCCCUUCCACAAAUCAGCUCGGAGAAGAAAACUCCAGGAAGAUGUUUCUUCAGAAGGAAGACAGGUUUCAGAUAGUAAACUUUCUGAUAUUUAUAGACAAAAUGUGGCUUCAGCUGCAGAAGUCGAUUCCGCUAGUGGAUUUGAUAGUGAAAAGGUGGGAAGCUUGGGAAAUCACAUGGAUCGCAAUGUAAUUUCUCAAUCAAGUUUAUCACCUGGAUUCUUGAGGAAUGAAAACCUAGGAAAAGAUCAAUGUGGAAAGGGGCUUGGUGCUAAUAGUGGUGGUAAUUCUGCUAAACCUUCUAUCACUAGAAAGGAAUCUUUUAAUGUGUCUAUGAGGAAAAGAAGCUCUCUUAAAACUAAAUAUUCAUAUGGACAGGUACAUAAGCCUCUAACUUCCUUAGAUAGUUGCCUCAUGGCUCAACUAUACAUGCAACAUGUUAAAAUGGAAGAGUGCAUACUUAGUUCGCCUCCAUCACUGCCAACUCCAAUCUUGAGACCAUUGCCCUCCUUCACUGAUGGAAGUAGAAUAAUCAGCAGAGCAAUUGGCGAGUUUCCUAAUGAAUCAAAUGGAAUGGAGGACAGUAAGUUGCAUAAUCAAGCCACUUUUGAAAAGAGUGGACAUGUGUUUGGGAUUCCUCCAUUGCCAGAAAUCAAGUCUUUGAAUCUCCCCAAGAAGUUGAAAUUUAAGAGAGGAAAUGGGUGCGACAACAGACUGAGCAUUCCUUGCAAAAUGGAUACCGAAAAACAGUUUCAUUCACAAUGUUAUACACAUGAUGGAGCGGUUCUGAUUUUUCUUGGGAUUUCCAUUGCUAUGAUAUCUUCUUACAUAGGAAAUAGAAGGGAAUUGGAGAAAUUGAGAGAAUUGUUGAAGCAGACAGAGAACUUGGUUCAAGAUCUUCAAGAGGAACUUGAGAUGAAAGAUUCAUUGACAAUGAAGGAGCUAGCUAAUGAGAAUUAUGAAUCAUGGGGGACAUAUGAAAAUUCCUUUCAAGACAGGGCAACAAAUUCAUCUUCCCUUGAACAGAAUAUGAAUAAUUCAACAAGAUAUGAUGGUAAAGGAUCAUAUAAUGAAAAGGUAGAGGAAAGUUCAGAGUCUUUGAGUAAAAUUGAAGCAGAGCUUGAAGCUGAACUUGAGAGGUUGGGUCUUAACAUUAAUGUAUCUAAUCUGGAGAGAAAAUUGUCUGAUCUUGAUGAGCUUGACCCAGAUUUUGCUGAAGGUGAAUUGAGAUCUGAUAUGAUCAAUGGGCAGGCUCUUGUCCAAUUUGUGUCAAAUGAAGAUAGAAGUGGCACCUCAACUACUCGUUCUGGAAAUUAUGCAGUCUCACCUCGAGAGUUGAGCUUGCGACUACAUGAAGUCAUUCAAGCAAAGCUUGAAGAACGUGUACAGGAACUUGAGACAGCCCUUCAGAACAGCCAGAGGAAGGUGAAACUAAUGGAAUCAGAGCAUAAGAAUUCUCGGAAGAAUUCUGACAGUGAAUGGAAAUAUUCCUCUACCCUGGAGAGUCCGCUAAUAAAUGAAGAGUUCGAUUGCAUGUCCAAUCCUCUAGUUAUGAAAUUAUCAGGGGAAGCUCUAGAUGCAUACAAUGAAGCUUGUGAAGAGUUGUUGAAGGAAGAUGAGCUGGAAGAAGACGAUUCAGCAUCAGAUAUUUAUCAAAAUAACCAUCAAGAGGAGCUGCAUAGGUUUGAUGGAGACAUAUCUUGGGGCGGUCAAAAUGUUGUAGGUGGCUCCUUGCGGCAUCUUACGCUGUAUGCAAAGAAUAUAUCGGAGGAGCCUUUUUAUUGCCAAGGAAGAACAUUGGGGAAGCAACCCUCUAGCGUCCAGGAAUUACUUGAUGUUGGUGUUAGUGAAGAUGAUGAAUGUAGUGAUUGUGAUGAUGAGAUGGAGAAGCAACUGAUACAGCACAUUGUGGAGAAAACCAAGAAAGGAUCUCCUGUACUGCUAAAUGCACAGAGGAUAUUGUUUUCCAUGGAUGAAAUUUAACAUUGCGAAUGGAUUAAAAUGAGAAACCAAAUUUUUACAAUGUAUACAUUCAUAUAGAAGGAAUUGUAUUUUUAACCAAAGCAAUUUCCCAUUCAUUAUUUGAAUUCAUUAUGAGCUAAAUAUAUAAAACUGUAGCAAAUAAAUUUCCCAAAAUUUUAAUGAUUAAUGACUCCAGGACUAAUUUCUUCCAACCAGCCACCUUUACAAAAGUGUGUGUAGGUGAGGAGACGGGUGGGAAAAUAAAGCAGCAACCUGGAACAUAAAUUAUUUUCCUGAAGGAAUAUUCAGUUUUCUCUAUGAGAAACACUCAAAAGUAUCAAGGUUUAGAGAGACCAGAGUCACAUAAAUGACAAAUAAAAUUAGUUCAGAGAAAGAGUGAUGAGGGAAAAAAAAAAAAG